UUAUUAUUGUUAAAAUAAAUAGAUGCGGAGUCGGUCUGGCCCGGCCAUCUGCCUGGGAAAUGCUGGCUUAUCACCAGAGGAGAAGAGGAGGAGAGGAGAGGAGAGGAGAGGAGCAGAGCAGUGAAGUGAAUCCAGAAAGGAAGUGAUUAAUAAGCAUGAAACGAGAGCAUGAAGACGCCGGCCGAAUGGGAGGCGAUGACCCGAUGGCCAUGGGGCCGGAGAUAGCGAAGGGGAAGAUGGUCCCGGUGAUGAGGACAGGCGACGAGAUGGAGUGCGGCGUGGACGAGCUGCUGGCGGCCCUCGGCUACAAGGUGCGGGCGUCGGACAUGGCGGACGUAGCUCAGAAGCUGGCGCAGCUGGAGGUCGCCAUGUCCAGCGACGACGCCUCUCAUCUCCCACAGCUCGCCGCGGACACCGUCCACUAUGAUCCCUCUGAUCUCUACGCCUGGCUCGAUAGCAUGCUCUCUGAGCUCAACGCACCGCCUUGCGCUCAACUCCUUCCCCCGACCGCCACAGCCAGCAGAGGCAACGGCCACAGCUCCACUGCCGCGAAGCCCUCCGCCGCUGCUCCCCCACGGGCAUCCGCCCUACACGACUUCAAGCCGGUCGUUUCGGCCGCCUCCGUUGGGCGAGUUGUCUGUGACACGGAGCAACAGUCUGAGAAGAUCUUGUCUCCGAGAGAUCCGAAACGAAUGAGGACUUGCUCUUCUUCGUCAUCGUCUUCGUCAGCGAAGGAGGUGGCCUCGUCGCUGAAAUCGGCAACGGAGGCGCUUCCGGUGGUGGUGGUGGACACGCAGGAGACUGGGGUCCGCCUGGUGCAUGCCCUGCUUGCGUCGGCGGAGGCGGUGCAGCAGGAGAACCUCAAGGCGGCGGACGCCCUGUUGAAGCAGAUCUCUAUGCUCGCUGCCUCCCAAAGCGGCCCAAUGAGGAAAGUGGCCGGUUACUUCGCUGAAGCUCUCGCGCGCCGAAUCUACCGACAUAGUCCCCUUCCCCAGGCGGAUCGUGUCGCCCUCGACCUCCUCCACUCGCACUUCUACGAGAGCGCGCCCUACCUCAAGUUCGCCCACUUCACAGCCAACCAGGCCAUCCUCGAGGCUUUCACCAGCUUCCGCCAGGUGCACGUCAUCGACUUUGGGCUAAAGCAGGGGAUGCAGUGGCCGGCGCUGCUCCAGGCGCUAGCGCUUCGCCCCGGCGGGCCACCUUCGUUCCGCCUCACAGGCAUCGGCCCGCCGCAGCCGGACAACUCCGACGCGUUACAGGAGGUGGGCUGGAAGCUGUCCAUGCUCGCAGAGAGUAUCGGCAUCGACUUCCACUUCCGCGGCUUUGUAGCCUCGAGCCUCGCCGAUCUCGAGCCCCAGAUGUUGCUCGAGCCGGAGGGCAAGAGGCGCGACCGCGAUGGAGUGGAGGAGGCGGUGGCCGUGAACUCAGUGAUGGAACUUCAUCAGCUGCUGGCGCGACCGGGGGCGAUGGAGAAGGUAUUAGGGACGGUGAGGGCUUUGCGGCCGCGGAUCGUGACGGUGGUGGAGGAGGAGGCGAACCACAACGGCAGGACGUUCCUGGAGCGCUUCACGGAGGCGCUGCACUACUACUCGAGCAUGUUCGACUCACUAGAAAACGGCGGUGAUUCCGGGGCCGAUGGGGAGCUGGAGGAGCAGCAGCGGCACCGGGCGAUGGCGGAUGCCUACCUAGGCCGACAGAUCUGCAACGUGGUGGCGAGCGAGGGCACGGAUCGGACCGAGCGGCACGAAACGCUGGGGCGAUGGCGAGGCCGAAUGGCGCAGGCCGGGUUCGAGCCCGUGCACUUGGGAUCGAACGCCUUCAAGCAAGCGAGUAUGCUCCUCGCCCUCUACGCCGGCGGCGACGGAUUCCGAGUGGAGGAAGCGGAAGGCUGCCUCACCCUCGGCUGGCACACCCGACCGCUAAUCGCGACCUCCGCCUGGCGCGUCGGCCCCGCCGCCGACUUCGCUCUUUGACCAAGGUCACUGUCGCUGUCUCUGUCGCGCAAGCAUCUCCGGUCCUAUUCGUGCGGCGCCACCGCGUCGGGUGGGUCCACACUGUCCUUGUAGUUAUUGGCGGAGUAUGGCAAUGGUUGGUGGCGUGUCUGUUCCGCCUUCCGUGCCUUUUUUUUUUCUGAAAACAAUAAAAAAAAUCAAAAUUGCUUUGCCGUU